GGUGGGGUAAUGUGAUGUGUCUCAGAACAGAUAAGGUGAAGUCUCCUGUUAUAAUACAUGCUCAGGCAAAGAACGGGCUUGAAUGGAAUCUUUUACUUCUAACACUGGAGAGACCGCACGCGAGAGGAUUACAACUCUUUGGAAAUAACUUAUUUGUAUUAUAACUAAAACCGCAAUGGAAGCAACCAGUGAUACAACAAAAAUCUUGGAGAAGGGUCCAGAAUACCUUCGAAAACAAAUGGAAUUGGAGAGUGAGACAAAGGGAGGCAUGAGUGCUGUGGACAGGCUAGCUGCAAGCAAACUGAAAUAUGUAAAAAGUGAAAAGGUGGUCAACUCUACUCAGGUGCCAGUGAUCAUUACUGGAUCCGCCUCUGUGAGUAGCACUGGAUCUUCUAACCGGAGCUCGAACCAUGGUGGGAAUCGUGUCACAGGGUGUAACUCAAGAGAGACUGCAUGUGGUGUACAAAUCACCAGCUCGCCAGGGCAGGUACGUCGGACCAGCUCCAAAAAACGACCAGACUCUAUUCUGCUCUACAGACAGAAAUGUGAUUUAUUGAGAGGGUCAGCAUUGGACCGAAAACAUCACAUCACACGUAGGUUGCUGCAGAGCUCUGUGCGUAAAAAGGAUUUUUUACCUGAGGCCACAGAUAAGGAUUGUGAAGCUGAGGGAGACAAGGAAGCAAUCACAACACCUGUGGGAACAGUAAAGGAAUGCAGCUCAUAUGUUGUGAACUCUCAAUCCGAGCAGAGGAGGAAUGGAGUAGCAGGGCAACACAGCAAAGAAAACAGUGGGUCUGGGUCAAAGGUGACAGCUGGGGUUUUGAAGAAAUCUGCUGGUCUCCUAAUAGUUCCUGAGGUUGAAAGGAGGUCUGGCAAAGGGGUCAGUCGUUCUCAUUCUGAUAUCAGCUCCAGGUACUCCAAAAACUUUGCAGACUUUGAUGAUUUUUUCAAGUACUGUGGGCUGGGCAGUGAUAUUAUUGACUCUUUCGGGAAAGACAAUUUCUCUUCACGCUCAGCUGAAAUUGAGAUUAACAUCCGGAGUUUCAGCACCUCUACAUCAGAGGAUGGUUUCUCCAGGAACAGUGGUGACAGCGAUGGACUAAUGGAAGAAGAGUUACAUAAAAAGAUAAGUCAAGGAACGUCAGUUAUUGAGCGCAAUGCGAGGAUCAUCAAAUGGCUGUACAGCUGCAAAAAUGCUAUAGAGACUGGGAAAAAAUUAAGAGACCUCGAUUGAGAUAAUUGCUUUGUGUGUGUGUGUGUGUGUGUGUGUGUGUGUGUGUGUGUGUGUGUGUGUGUGUGUGUGUGUGUGUGUGUGUGUGUGUGUGUGUGUGUGUGUGUGUGUGUGUGUGUGUGUGUGUGUGUGUGUGCGUGCGACCAUAUUGUAGUUUUCUUCCAUUGCUUUGCAGUGUCAGUGUGUGUUACAUUCAGCAAACGCUUCAGGGAGUAAGGAUUUAUCAUCUUUGCUUCUGUUCAAACUUGCAUAAAGUUCAUAAGUUGCACAGAAAGGCCCACGUUGCACUCAUGUAAACACAAAAUUAGAUUCAUUAUGAAAAAUACUUGUAGUUGGUCACAUUUAUGUGCCAAAGGUCAAAGCAAUGGGGUUAUGUGCACACUAGAAGACCAAAACAAUGUGACACAAAUCCAGAAGACUAGAUGGAUUUAAUUUUAGCUGCAGUAAAAAAACACUGGCAAAAUACAAAAACACUGAUCUCCACUGAUAUACAUCAUAUUUUUCAUUUCCUAAAUUGAAAUACUAAAUAAUUUAGCCUAAAUAAAUUAUUAAAACGCUUAAGGAGUUCCUACCCUAAAUUGUAACUGUUGUUUUCCAAUGGUUAUUACAUCCUUUUGCUUGUUAACUAAAUGUGAGUUAAAAGCUGCCGAUGGUUGGUUGUCAAGUUGGAGAAAUUCCAUUCGGCUGAUGUUUUUCCUUUCAUUUGCUUUAAAUGACUCUCAGAUGCGCAGAUUAACAUUUAAUCCAUUACUUUAUGCUGAAUAAUGUGUUAAGUGAAGGAUUUGGAUCAAGUAAUCAUCACUCUAUCACAAUCUGGCAAAUCAAUGUUUUGACAUAAGUGAUCUAUGAAACAAUAUUUAUUGGUAUAUUAUCCAUCUAAAAGUUUAUAUACCAGUUAUAAAACGUCUUCUCAAUUAAGGCUUGGAGAUGGUGAUGUAGAAAUGAUGUUCCUCUGCGGGGGCUUCAGAUCAUCACAACCAUGUGCCCUUAAAUCAGAAUUUAUGUAACCUGCUUCUUAAGUUCUUAGUCCAAUGAGUGCACUUUCCAUUUCUCUCCAGGUGAAAGGUGUACAUUCCUUCACAUGAUAAGACACACACACACACACACACACACACACACACACACACACACACACACACACACACACACACACACACACACACACACACACACACACACACACACACAAACCACACAAACAAACACAUUUAUGUUGAUGUUGUUAAGCUCAAGGGUUUCUUGUUAACACAAAUGAAACCGGUAAAUCAUUAAAUGUAACUGCAGCCAGACAUAAAGGCUGCUCGUUUUUAGUUGUUUUCCAUUAAAAGACUUAAAGAGAUUGUCUGAGUCCUGUGAGAGGAAUGAACCUAAUAACCUGGCUUAAAUCCAGUGACCCGAUGUAAGUGUAUCUCCAAUUCCCUUCAAAACUUUGUCUGCUUUGUUUCUUUAACACAUUCCCUUUCUUUCUGUCCUUUAGUCCUUUCUAAGCUGAACCGAGGCUGUAACAUGAGUGGGGGGGGAAGCAACAGACAAUAUUGUCAAUUCAAUGUGUUAAACUGAGUCAUCCCCAACUCUGUGUUUCUCUCACACACUCAGAAGCAAACAAUAAUUACAUGUAGAGUAUAUGCAAGUUGAUACUGCUGCACCCAUGUUAGACACGCCUUUACUUCUUCCAGGAACCUGGCUGACUAUUUCCCCCUCAAGACAAGUCAUGUCAGGCCCUCUCUUCUUGUAUGUUUCCAGAACGUAAAGCUACUUCUAAAGAUUCAACGUUUCACAUGUGGUUCAACCUACAGAAAUGUACCUUGAAUGCAUGAUGACUGACUGAAAACAUAUAGUGUGCAUUCCAGUAAGUUUGCAAACGUCAUCUUCUAUCAGAUCAAAUAUAUUGGAUUGGCGGGGGGGGGGGGGUUGGUUUCUGUUACAGUGGCUCCAUUGUAGGCUAGUAUUGUGAUUUGUAUUAUUAAGUGUUGUUAUUACUCAUCCAACACUAAUGACUGGUGUUGAUACUACCUUUGUAACAUGUGUUUUAUAUUCAAGUACUGUACAUUUUGCUACACAAAUAAAAGUAUUAUUUUUAAGUAAA